AUGGAGUUGAAUGGUCAGAAAAGAGGGAGAAGAAAGGACCAUUUUGCUCAAACAAAUGGUGAUUUGGCAUUAGCAAGUGUCGGUGAUGUUGAUCCCUGGACUGCAUGGGCAUAUAAGCCUCGCACUAUUUCAUGGGCGAGUGGAGCCCUAGAACCGGAGAGCAGCACAUCCGGUGAUAUUGUUACAUCUGUGAAAAGGGGUGUAUGGGCAAUGAUUGCAGUUUUUCUUGGUUAUUGCUUGCUACAGGCCCCUUCAACGGUUCUAAUAAGGCCACAUCCAGCAAUUUGGCGCUUAGUUCAUGGUUUGGCUAUUCUGUAUCUUGUUGCCCUCACAUUUUUGCUUUUUCAGGUUCAAAUUUCUUCUUCACAGAAGCGUGAUGAUGCACGGCAAUUUAUGAAGUUUCUCCACCCUGACCUUGGAGUUGAACUACCUGAAAGAUCAUAUGGUGCUGAUUGUCGCAUUUAUGUGCCUGAAAAUCGUACAAGCAAGUUUAAAAAUGUUUUGGACACUCUUUUUGAUGAAUUUGUUCUAGCACAUAUCUUUGGAUGGUGGGGCAAGGCUAUAUUAAUCCGUAAUCAGCCACUUUUAUGGGUAUUGUCAAUUGGAUUUGAGUUGAUGGAGUUUACCUUCCGCCACAUGCUACCAAACUUCAAUGAAUGCUGGUGGGACAGUAUUAUUCUUGAUAUUUUGAUAUGCAAUUGGUUUGGCAUUUGGGCUGGAAUGAACACGGUCAGGUAUUUUGAUGGAAAAACUUAUGAGUGGGUUGGUAUAAGUCGCCAACCUAACAUCAUGGGCAAGGUCAAACGAACACUGGGACAAUUUACACCAGCACAGUGGGACAAAGAUGAAUGGCAUCCCUUGCUUGGCCCAUGGCGGUUUAUCCAAGUUCUUAGUCUUUGUAUUGUCUUCCUGACAGUAGAGCUUAACACAUUCUUUUUGAAGUUUUGUCUUUGGGUUCCUCCUCGAAACCCUGUGAUAGUGUACAGGUUGAUCUUGUGGUGGCUAAUUGCCAUACCUACUACACGUGAAUAUAAUUCGUAUCUCCAAGACCGAAAACCUGUGAAAAAGGUUGGCGCUUUUUGUUGGCUUUCCCUUGCUAUUUGCAUUGUGGAACUUCUCAUUUGCAUCAAGUUUGGACAUGGUCUUUAUCCUAAAUCAAUGCCUGUAUGGCUGGUCAUCUUCUGGACUUCUGUUGGAGUUGGCCUUGUAAUAUUCCUGAUUAUUUAUAGAAGUGGCACUGCGCAAGGUUUACCCGAGCUUCAGGAAAAUAUUGUGGACUUGAGUAUAGAUUUAAAUGAUAGUUAUUACGAUAUGUAA